AGUAUAGUGUAUAGUAUGUUUUUGUUUUCACGGUCACACUGUGUUAAACAUUUCCUAUAGUGUAUCAUUUAAUUUAAGAUGCUGAGUGAAGACUAUGAAUUAAAUCUUUCCAAAAGCCCGAAGUCGCUGCACCUAUCGAAUUUAACUGGUAGACAGGCGUGCAAUGCCAAUACCCACCAUAUUCCUUUUGUAGGCACGAAAAAUAUUUGCACAAAAAAAUCAGAAAAUGUGGUCUCUUCGCCAAACCUUGGUAUACAAAAAGUUAAAAAACUCCGAAAUAGUAGUACUUCCAGUGACGAAGAACGAUGGCUUACUGCAAUAGAAACUGGAAAACUAGAAGAUGUUGAUGAGGAACUAAAGAAAAUCAAAGACCCCAAAUUUAUGACAGCUCGUCAACGUGCUUUGUAUGAACGAACACAGGACACGGAUAUAAGUGGCUUCGUUGAAAAGCUUAUUGCUCUUCCAACCGGUUACAAAGAAAGAGAAAAGCCACAGACGGCGGAGGAAAUUCAAAAAGCUAUACUGAAAUCACAAAAACGAAAACUGCAUGCGGAUCAAAGGCGAGAAAAGGACAAACUAAAAACGAUGGAGCGCUUGCUUAAAAAACAGGAGAGCACCAAACACCGUUCUUGGAUUCGCAAUAAACCUUUAAAAACAUGCUUGUAUCCAAAAAUAACCUAUAUAAGUGCCAUUAAGGGUAACUAUUUAAUAGUUCCACCAGGUCAAGAGUUUCCCCAAAUGGCAAAAACCAAUUGCACAACACCUCUCCUAAAGUUGUGCCACGUCAACGGUUGCAAAAACCGAAAAGCAUACAAUUGCUCAACCACAAAAGUACCUUUAUGUAGCCUUAAUUGUUAUCGCAAGAAUAUUGUAGACAGUUUGAAUCAAUAAACGAAAACUAUUUCUGUGGUUGAUA